CUGCGGUGCUGCAUUCACAGCUCUUUUAUGUUGUUAAGCAAACUCCAGCUAGUUACCUCCAUCCAAAGAAACGAACCAAAAUGCUGGGAAACACCGCUGGACAUAAAGUCGGGCAGAAGCUGUACAGCUAAGUGCCUCCCUGGCUUCUAUAAACUCACCGGUCAACUAUUGACACCCCGCACAACAUUCUAGUUUGCAGUCUAACACUCCUGACAGGAUUUGAGAAGAUUUGUCUCGAUUCAGCCUGCGUGAGAGCUCAGAUAUUGCCCUGAAUCCUGGGUGAAAUUUUGGUGCCAGUGAUGAGUGCCGUCAGUGAGGAUUCAUCAAGAACUUGUUGGAGCUGACGUUACCAAGUUCUUUCAGCUGAAGAAAACUCAGCAUCAACCUGUACUUCUGACGGCACCUACAACAUCUGGAGGCGUUUUGCAACACGCCGCCAUGCCCACCAACCAGUCAUCGCCGUGGGGCGGAGGGAAUCUCAGGGCAUGCUCCAGCACGCAUAGUGCUCCCACUGCUGCUUUGGUUUCAGGUGCAACCUUUAAAUCGUCUUUCAGGCACACUCCGCCGGAGCUCCCCAAGGCUACCAGCCUCUACAAACACCUGCCAUCUACCGGUGCUUCAUCCAUGAUGUCAUCUGUGUGUCCUGUGUGGGAGAAAGGCAGUGGAAGCAGUUCAAACACCAGGAGUCACCACCUUGGAUCAGAGAAGUCAGUGAAGCAGCCAGAACACCUGAUCCGGAUUCAGAGACCAAAUAAGAACCUGGCAGCGUCAGAACCGAAUCGACCUAACGGCAGCAUCAUGGCGCGGGAGGUCCAGCUGCGGGGAGUCACUGAGGGCUGUUUACCAGCCCAGACCCUUCAGUCUGGAGACGGAGCCGCAUUGGUAUGUAGUCAGGAUUCCACUGACCAUGUCCCACUAGAGUCUUCACCAGGUUGUCAUGGAGACCUGUUCAUCAAAGGACAUGCCACUGUGCCACGAAGCACCAAGCUGAUGCCUAAGACUAUAGACUGUUCCUCUUCACCACCAGUGCCUCACCUGUGCUUGAAGGUGUCCAAACAUCAGGGAACAAAGUUAUGGAAGAAUCCCUCUGGCCACAGCAGCACAAAGCAGGAAACGAGAAGCACAAAGUGGCAGCUGAGUGCUCCAAAAAGGGGCCAUUCAGCUAAGAUGCCAACAAAACACACUAAGACUCAAAAUGGCCGGGCAACACGUUCGCCUUCAAGGAUUCAGCGGCUUGUUAAAUUUGGUCCUGCAGGUGUUCUGGUUGCAGCUGCAAACCGCAAAUCCCACAGUGCAACAUUGCCCCGGCUACCUACAUGCAAAGGACUGGAUUCAUCUCCCUGCAGCAAUGUGCCAGCUGUGCAGUGUGGCGGUCAGCGUCUGCAGCCCACAGGGCUCCAUGCUGGUGAAGGUGUGGCUCCAUGUCUUGCUGGAGCUUUGGUGGGCUCAGUGACCAAUCAGAUUUCAGCCAUUCACCUCACCAAGGAAGGACAGUCUUCCUCCACUUCAAUUCGGUCCCUGUACUCAUCCUCAUCAGUGACAGAGGAGCAGCUGAUGAGCUUAGAGAGUGUGAUGCAGGUGGAUGGAAUGGAGGAGGAGCUUCCAGAUGAGUUGGAAAAUGCCUUCAGUGAUGAUGAUGAUUCAGAAUGUUAUUCCAUCAUUCGUUCUUCUUCUUCUGAUGCAUCAAUUCCUUGCAUCUCAAGUAUUGAAGAACCAAUGGUGUUGGAGGCUGAGGAUGAUCGAGAGGAGCGGCCGGCGCUCAUCCCCAGCCUGUUUCCCCUCAUGCGCCCCACUCUCUACUUCAGCACAGCCAAUGAGAAAGUGGAGCUGCUGCCUGCCGAACAGAGACGUCUACUCAAAUGGAAGAUGAGCUCCGUUACCCCCAACAUCGUCAAACACACAAUCGCUCGGUCACACUUCAAAGCCACCAAGAAGAGCAACAGCUGGCUGGGCUGCUGGGGACACCACAUGAAAUCUCCUGGCUUUAAGGCAAUUGGCGAACACCAGAAGCUGAACCACUUUCCAGGAACCUUUCAGAUUGGUAGGAAGGACAGACUUUGGAGGAAUCUGUCCAAGAUGCAGCAUCGCUUUGGCAAGCAGGAGUUUAACUUCUUCCCAAAGACGUUCAUCCUUCCUCAGGAUAUCAAACUGCUGCGGAAGGCAUGGGAAGAUAGUGGCUCCAAGAAGAAGUGGAUCAUCAAACCUCCUGCGUCAGCCAGAGGAAUGGGGAUCCAGGUCAUCCACAAAUGGAGUCAGCUGCCCCGCAGGAGACCACUGCUGGUGCAGAAGUACCUUCACAAACCCUACCUCAUUGGGGGGAACAAGUUUGACUUGCGGAUUUACGUCUAUGUGACAUCCUACGAACCGCUCCGAAUUUACCUCUUCUCUGACGGACUGGUCCGCUUUGCCAGCUGCAAGUAUUCGUCUUCCAUGAAGACUCUGAACAACAAGUUCAUGCACCUGACCAACUACAGCGUGAACAAGAAGAACUCUGAGUACCAGGCAAACAGCGAUGACAAGGCCUGCCAGGGACACAAAUGGGCUUUGAAGGCUCUGUGGCACUUCCUUGGCUCGAAAGGCAUCAACACCAACCUGAUAUGGGAGAAGAUUAAAGACAUUGUGAUCAAAACUAUUAUAGCUUCUGAGCCAUAUGUGAAUACUCUGCUGAAGAUGUACGUGAAAACACCUCACAGCUGCCACGAGCUGUUUGGCUUCGACAUCAUGCUGGACGAGAACCUCAAACCCUGGAUCCUGGAGGUCAACAUAUCACCCAGCCUCCACUCCAACUCUGCCCUGGACGUUUCCAUUAAAGGCCAGAUGAUCAGAGACCUCCUGAACCUGGCCGGCUUCAGGAUUCCCCCGAGAGAAGAAGUGGUGUCCUCCUGCAGCAGUGCCUCCAGCUCCACCAGCAGUUUGCAUGGAGGGAACAAAGAAAAGAGAAAAUCUGAUCUGUCUGCUGAUGAGAAAGUAAAACGAGCCUUUUAUCUUACACAGCGCUAUGCCGACCAGGACUUCCUAUCGUCAGUGUUGGACAUUUUGACUUCUGAGGAUGUCCGCAUGCUGGCCGAGAGCGAAGAUGAACUGAAUCGACGAGGAGAGUUUGAGCGCAUUUUCCCAUCGCAGUCUUCGUCACGCUACCUUCACUUCUUUGAGUGUCCCAGAUACCUCAACAUCCUGCUGGAUCAGUGGGAACAGAAGCACUGCAAUGACCGGACCAAAUGCAUCAGUUUGCUGAGGCUUCUCUGUCAGAAAGGAAUCCAUCUGGGGAGCAGUGACCCCGCUCAUGUGUGGUCUAAGUGUAGCUACAAGUCGAGGACGGAACUCCAGAAGCCAGGUGUGGUGAGUCCAUCCAGAUCCAGGGUCGUGGUCAGCCACUGUAAGGCUGCUGAUGACGACUGUUCAGACCCAGAGUCGUCGUCUGUCUCCAGUCUGAACAGCUCCCAGAGUACGGGGUCCAGUGCAAGCAGCAGUGCCUGUGCCAGUCCUUAGCCCACCCCCAUUCCAAACCUGCUGCCUCAGCACUUUUCCUCCUUCUGAUGAUAUGUGGUACCAGAACUGACACAGAACCUGAGUACCGUGGAGUCCUCCAAAGUCUCUGGAGAAGUCUCUGGAGCAGAAAGCAUGAGCGACUCUGUUCAGGUUUACUUUAACUGGACCAUCAGAGGGAUGAACAGCAGCUGCUUUUGUGACCUUUAGAAAAUCGAUCUUGAAACUUCUGCUAAGUUGUACAGAGAAGCUUUUACAUAAUUCUUUUUCGGACAUUUUUCCAGGGGACCUCAAAGAGUGGCCCCUGCCCCUGUUUGCUCUGGUGAUGAAAGGAUGUUCUGACUGGGUCCUGUCCUGAAAGCUGGACACACCCAGAGGUCCUGAUGUGUCCCUUCUGUCUUCACCUCUGACACGCCUGGGCCUGUCAGGUUGCCAUGGUCUCACUCUGUUGCAGUGCUGGUGUUUGUGGCUAUGGAGAAACUUUGAUAGCAGAAUAGGAUGUAAUUUAAGAUUUAUUUAAGUAGGCUUGUCGAACAUAGGGAUGGAAACAAGCUUAUCAGGCUGUGUUGAGGUCUGUGUAGAAUCAGUGGGUCGAGUAGAGGAUUCUGUGCAGAUCUGUCGGCUCAGAACAAGAAUUCACUGUGAUAACUCAGAGCUGCUGCAUGUAUCACACCAGCUGACACCUUUUCCUCCAGGCUGGUACAGUGCAGAUCCUCACUGCCUCUCCAGGAGUCAGGCUGCAGGACCCAGCAGAAUCAAAGUGUUCAAUGCUUUUUGAAGGGCUGCUCUCAGCUGAAGCCUAACCGAAGCUGUUACUUUAUGUUUUCAUCUCCCAUGUUUCCUAGUUGCUUGAGUUUGUUUGAGCGUCAUGUAUUUCUCCUUAACAAGUUUCAGUUGGACUAACGUUCUACCUCUGUUAUGGUGAUGAGAGUAAGUAAAUGGUGUAGUUCAAGUAUUUCAGGUUCAUACCCAGCUGCUGUGGGAGGCAGUUGGGAUUUUUUGAUGCCAAAGACAGAAGUGGGCUUCCUGCGGCACAAAACCAAGGAUGCACAAAGCUGAAAGGCAUUCAGUGUUUCUGUAACAGUGUCUGCUGAUUGAAUAUUUAGUAUUUUCCAGAAGUUUUUAACCCUGUUUAUACACAGCUGCUAAACUAAUGUUCCUGUUUUCACUGCUCUCUUCAGUAGAACAGUGUUUACUGUUUGACAUCAGUCUAGUCUAAUUGGCAGCGAUUAGACUAGGAUAUUUGAUGUUGUUGUGUAGAUGCAUAUAACGACCACCAGGGGUCCUUCUGCACAGAGCAUCAUCAAUUUUAAUAGGUUUUUAUGAAGCAGAAUGCUAAAAUCAUAUGCCUUAGAGUUGUGACUUGUGUGUCAUUACAGAAACAUGAGAAAGAUGAUGAAACAUGAGUGAAUUGUUGCUUAAUUAAUAUUUUGAAACUGCUAGCUGAAAUCUGAUGGGUAAGGUCAGCGCUUUCCCCAGGCUGGGAUCAGGACCACAUGUUUCAAUAAGUGUGGCCUCCUGACUUCUUCAGAAUAAAAUAGAAUAAAAAGUUUUAAGCCGGAGCAUAUUUAUGAUAGAAACAGCUAUUUUUUUGUAAACGUUUGACUUGGUUAGAAACUGCUAGCAGGUACAUUGUGAAGUUUGACUUGUGUAAUAAAUCCCAUUGAAAACAUGUCCAUCUCCAGGUGUCUGUGGAGAAGCUGCUGCUGGUUUACUGAAAUGCCUUAAGCCUCUGUGUGACAGCAGUGUCCCCAUACUGAGGCAUUCUCUGUUGUUUGCUUUCACAGAUGCACCUCUGGAUCUUUUUAUCCACUAGUCUUUGUUCAAGGAUGUUUUAAAUGCUCAGGUUGACAUGGAGGAAAUAAAAGUUAUUUGUC